GAGUAGAAAUUAGGCGGGUUUUCUUGUGGAAACCUGGCAACUCUGAGUUACCGGACUCGGGAAGCGCGUGGGAAGAUGGCGGCGGCCGCCGGAGCGCUUCUUCCCGGUGACGGGAUCGUGAUCGCGGGAAAACUCUACUCGGGGGUCGCGCUCACGCUGGACACCUGCCUGCUGCCGCACGAGAGCGCGCACUGCAGCCCCUCGCGCGCGCACGGACUGUCCGCGCGCACGGAGCAGCAGCUUCGGAACCGGAUGUGCGAGAUGAUCCAGAGCGCGGGAAUUCUGCUCCGCUUGCCUCAGGUUGCCAUGGCAACAGCCCAGAUCCUGUUCCAUCGGUUCUUCUACUGCAAAUCGUUCGUGAGACACUGCGCGGAGACGGUGGCCAUGGCGUGUCUUCAGCUGGCGUCUAAGAUCGAAGAGGAGCCGCGGCGCGUGAGGGACGUGCUGAACGUCUUCCAGCACCUCAAAGACGCCGCAGGAGACAGGCGCCGCGGCCCCAUGCUGCUGGACGACGGCUACGUCAGCCGCAAGAGCAACGUGAUCAAAGCAGAGCGGCGUGUCCUGAAAGAACUCGGCUUCUGCGUCCACGUCAAACACCCGCACAAGGUGAUCGUGAUGUAUCUCCAGGUUGUGGAGUGUGAGAAGAACACCAGAUUGCUUCAGAUGGCCUGGAACUACAUGAACGACAGUUUGAGGACUGAUGUGUUUUUGAGGUUCAGGGCUGAAACAAUUGCGUGUGCGUGUAUCUUUCUUUCUGCACGGGUUUUACAGAUCCCUCUGCCAGACCAGCCGCCCUGGUUCUUGUUGUUUGGGGCGUCAGAACAGGACCUGAUAGAGAUCAGUUGUUGUAUUCUGAGGCUGUACACGCUGCAGUGUGAGUCGCUGGCAGCUCUGCUGCAGCAGGUGGAGGAAAUGCGUUCAAUAUUGGACGCUCAAUAUAACACGAGCAAACAAGCAGGACUAGUGUCUACGACUGAAACCCCGACUGCCGGUUUCUCUCCUGCGUCUAAAGCUGUGUCUCCUGUAGAAAACCAGAAGAAUCACGAAUCUCCGCUGUCACGUCUCGCCCUCAAAAACGUCUGUCGAAAGAUCACAAGCAGAGACGGGAGGAAGCGUCUGAGUCGCAGUGAUGAAAGGCGAAAUGCUCGCUGCAUCCCGUCGCCCCCCAGACGCAGGCGCAGUCGCAGCGUUUCUUCUCCGUCUCCUGGACGCACAAAGUCCCACAGACACCGGCAGAGGGAACGGGAACGAGCGCGGAAGAAGCCAUAUUCGUCUAACAGGAGAUGAUGUCAUCGGGUCGGGGGAGGGGCCAAAACUGACCAAUCAAACUGCCUUGAAAGUUGUGUUUUGUAUUGUGUAUUAGAGCUGCACGAUUAAUCGUUAAAAGAUCUCGAUCUCAUUUCUAAAUGACAACGAUUCGCCCGUGUCUAUUAAACCUUUGACAAAGUGUUACCGGAACAUUUAAAUAUACAUUUGUGCUGCCGCUGACACACAGAGCAAACAUUUAACGUUACCAUGUUUGGGUAAGAAACAGCUUCACAAACAGUCUUUUCAACUACACAGUAUUAUUUCUGUCUUA